UAAUCCUCCUGAGCAGUGCCAUGCGGCCCCUGUGGCUGUGUUGGGCACUCUGGGUGCUGCCCCUGGCCUGCCCUGGAGUGGCCCUGACCGAAGAGCGGGUCUUGGGCAGCCUGCUGCAACAGCUGCAUCUCAGGCAAGCGCCUGUCCUGGACAGGACUGACGUGGAGGGGCUGACCAUCCCUGCCCACUUGAGGGCCCGGUACGUGGCCCUGCUGCAGCGCAGCCAUGGGGACCGUCCCCGUGGAAAGAGGUUCAGCCAGAACUUCCGAGAGGUGGCGGGCAGGUUCCUGGUGUCCGAGGUGUCCACACACCUGCUGGUGUUCGGCAUGGAGCAGCGGCUGCCGCCCAACAGCGAGCUGGUGCAGGCGGUGCUGCGGCUCUUCCAGCAGCCGCUUCCCAGGGCCGCGCUCCGCAGGCUGGAGCGCAGCGCCCGGGCGCAGGUCACCAUCGAGUGGCUGCGCGUCCGCGACGACGGCUCCAACCGCACGUCCCUCAUCGACUCCAGGCUGGUGUCGGUGCACGAGAGCGGCUGGAAGGCGUUCGACGUGACCGAGGCCGUGAACUUCUGGCAGCAGCUGAGCCGGCCCCGGCAGCCGCUGCUGCUGCAGGUGUCGGUGCAGAGCGAGCACCUGGGCCCCGGGGCCUCGGGCGCGCACAGGCUGGUGCGCUUCGCCGCGCAGGGGACGGCGGGCGCCGCGCGGGGCGAGCCGCAGCUGGAGCUGCACACGCUGGACCUCAAGGACUACGGAGCUCAAGGCAAUUGUGACCCUGAGGCACCAGUGACUAAGGACACCCGCUGCUGCCGCCAGGAGAUGUACCUGGACCUGCAGGGGAUGAAGUGGGCGGAGAACUGGGUCCUGGAGCCCCCGGGCUUCCUGGCCUAUGAGUGUGUGGGCAGCUGCCUGCAGCCCCCAAAGCCCCUGACCUUCCAGUGGACGUUCCUGGGGCCUCGGCAGUGCAUCGCCUCAGAGACUGCCUCACUGCCCAUGAUCGUCACUAUCAAGGAGGGAGGCAGGACCAGGCCCCAGGUGGUCAGCCUGCCCAACAUGAGGGUGCAGAAGUGCAGCUGUGCCUCGGAUGGGGCACCUGUGCCCAGGGGCCUGGAGCCCUAG